UGCAAAGCAUGCAAAGUAGAUAAGCUGGAUCUAACGUGUUUUGUCAUUAAUUAAUUCCAAGUUUUUAAUUGAUUUUAAAAUUGUACUGUGAUUGCAAAUCGUUUAUUUGGUUACAAUUAAGCUAUAUUUAUCAAAAGUUUUAUUAUGUUUACAUUUUAUUAAGUGCAAGAUUUUAUUAUUAACACUAUACACAUGUCAUAGGAAUAAAUAGAAACAAAAUUUUGUCAGUGUUUCUUUAAUUGAAAAAGAGAAGUUAUUGAUUUAAAGAGCUCAGAGAUGCGAUAGUUUAUUUACAUAAUUAUUAUAGAAAUUACAAGUUCUCUGAGUUAUCAAACAAAAUGAGAAAUUGAAUUUUGAGGUUAUGUUUACUAUUUUUGUGUUGACAAUUUCGUCAUUUUUUAUGGGCGCAGAAAAUAAAAAAACAUUUGAAUAAGUAUUUUAGAAUCUUUGAUUUAUAUAUUCUACGUUCUGGAUAUGAAAUCUUAAUUAAACAAGGAAGAACACGACAAAAUUAAUGUUUAAAGAAGAAUAAAAUUGAAAAGUUUUUAUUAAAAAUUUGCUAUAGAAAAAAAUGCAGAAUAUGAUCAUGGCGUCCGCGAAGAGAAAGCAAGAUGAGAAAAACCUGAAGACGUUACGCGAGCUGGUCUCGCAACCGGGAAACAAAGAAUGCUUCGAUUGCCGGCAACGAGGUCCAACUUAUGUGAACAUGACAAUAGGAUCGUACGUUUGCAUGUCCUGCUCAGGAUUAUUACGAGGCUUGACGCCACCACAUCGAGUUAAAUCAAUUUCAAUGGCAACAUUCAAUCUGGACGAUAUUAAUUUUCUCAAGGAACGUGGAAAUGAAUAUUGUCGAAGUACAUGGCUCGCUUUGCAACCACACAAUGAUUUUACGUACGCCGAUUCGAAGGAUGAGCAAAAAAUGAAGGAAAUGAUGAUUGAAAGGUAUGAAAUGAAGAGAUAUUACAUAACUCCGUCCGAAGUUUCAAAAAAGACAACAACAAAAACACAAUCCAAAGAGUCGAAUAAUUCGAGCCUUACGAGAAUUUCAAAUUCUGAAUCGCCACAAGCAACGUCCACGCCAAAUUCAACAUUAAUUAAUAAUGAAACAUCAAAAUCAAAUUCCUUUGGAUCCAUGGAUUUUGUCGCAGAUUUUAGUAAAGUUCCUGAUCCCUAUCUUCCAGCAACGCCAACCAACUACAAUCAGCCUAUUAUUUCUCAGCCGUCGUUUGCGAAUUUUGACAAUAAUCCUAUUUUCAAUUCACCUAAAGGCACUGGAAGUAUGAAUCAAUCGGCUGGUUGUUUAUCGCCGAAUUUUAAUGGAAUUAGUUCCCCACCAUCGGAGGAUCGUUACGCUGCACUAAAGGAUUUGGAUUGCUUAAUGAAGCAAGCGCAAAUAAAGGAAGAAAAUCCUCCUGUUGGAUCUACUACUUGGAAUACGAAUAACUCCAAUUUAUCAAAUUCCAUUUGGGGUGGAUAUAAUAAUCAAGGAUCUCAAGUUAUUUCCAAUCCGUUUACGGCUAAUGAUCUAUGGCGACCGUCCAAUAAUUUAAUCAAUAAUAAUGUGCAAAUUUCUGAUAACACUCUUAAUAAUUCGGCAAAUCCGUUUAGACAAAUUCAAUUUUCAGUCAAUAACGGCAGUGCGUUUGACACACUUUGGGCAUCGAAGGAAUCGCGAAAUAAUGAGGAUGUUAUUCCAUCUAGUCAACUAAUGACGUCAUUCCCGAACAAAACGUGGCAACCGUCAGUUGCCGCUUAUCACGCAAAUCCAUUUGUCGUGGGAUCUGGUAUUGGCGACAUGACAAGAAAUUCGAACAAUCCAUUCUUGUGAUCAAGUUAUAAAACUCCUUAAAAAACAGACUUACGAACAAAAAAAAACAAAUUUGCGAAAAUUUAAUUAAGCUUAGCUUAGUAAAAAAAAUUGUUUUUUUAAAAAAGAAACAUGACUUGAUUGGCAAUUAGUGCCAUUAACGUUUACCCUUAGGAGCACCAAUCUCUUCUAUUCAAUAUAAAAUAAGUAAUGCGUUUAUUUAUGAAAAAAUAAUUUACAAAUUAAAAUAUUACUGUUACCAGGUUUAAUAUAUUAAUGAAAUAUUUCAGCCACUUGCGACAAUUUAAUAAGUAAUUUUUGUUUUUAGAGCUUUAAAAUUCAAUGGGUGAAUGAAAAUUAAAAAAAUGCAAAUCGAAAUGAAAAUGAAAAAAGAAUUCCGUCGUUUCAUUCCAUCUAAAUAUUCAAUGACAUUAGAUGUCAAACUAAUUGUAAUUUAUAUCAAAUUAUACGUAUAAAUUAUUGUAAUCGAUAUUUAUGAAAAUAAUUUGAAAAGAAAAAAACUAUUUCGAACAAGAAAGUAUUAAUCUGUUUUAGAUUGGAUCGCAUGUGAUUAGAUAAGGGAUCUGAUUAGGAAAAAUCGUAUUAUUUUUAUAGUGGCGUUAGAUAAAACAAAAAAAAAUCUAUUUUUGCGAAUGUUCUAGUUUAAGUGAAUUAAAAAAAAAAUUGUUUUGGAAGCACACAGACUAAUGUUUUCGAGAAAUAAAAUUACGACGAUGGUAAUAGUGCACACUUAAAUACGUUUUAUUCGCUUAGAAACUUUCUAAUAAAUACAAAAUCACAAAUGAA